UCUAUACGAGAAGACAGUCUAUGUAUAAAGUCCCGAGAAUAUCCGGACGCGUAUAAUUCGAUAACUGAAAGAGAACGUGCGCGCUCGUGUAUUCUGAUACAUUUCUAUAGAAAAGGUCAUUCCCGACGUUUCGUUUUCCAUUUAACAUUUUCGAAUCUCAACACCGUCGUUCAAAUCACUCUGUUCGCGCUCGUCACGUUCGUUGUGACAUUCUUUCGCGACAUCCCCGCGAACUUGUCAGCAGUGCUCUCGGAGGAAAACGGUCCAGUCCGUUUCGCGUCGCCCUACGCCGCUUCGUGUUGCUCCGCGUCACUCGCGUAGUGUGUAAACGCGCGCGCGUUUCACCAGUGUGCAAUCACAACGCCGACGUGCACGAGGACUCGUCGCGUCGCGACAGAGACAAGCGCGCAAGGCCACGCACAAAGGUCUACGCACGAUCUUGCAGGUGGUAUAAGUUGGGGAGACUCGGAAGUUAUUUGUGAUCUGCAUCUCCGUGAGUACGUCCCCAUACGUGUGCCAUACGUACAAAUGGAAAUGUCUAAUCCGCGCGCGAAAGUCAGUUAUCACAACGUGAGAAUAUUCGUUGUCGUUACCCUCAUCGUUACAUUGUGUUAUCCAGCUCUCAUCAAUACGGCGGCAGUCCGUCCCGAGAAGCAGUUACAACGGGUAUUGCUGGAAGACUUUACAAACGUAACGAUUCCACAAGCUACGGAAGAUAGCAAUAAGAAAAACGCGUCGAUACGAAUUUGUUAUAUAGAAGAAAUUUGUGGAUGGGCAGUCUAUUGUCCAGCUACGAAUAACACUACGCGUUACAUCGAUUAUUUCAUGAAAAAUACAUGUAAAUGCCCGGAUGAAAGCUACAAGUGCGUGCGCGUUAGGGACAAUCUGUCGACGUCCGCGUACGAGUACCGCUGCCGCCAAAACACGACGGCGAUGGACAUUGUAAUUAACAAUGAGUCUACCGACAAUGUAAUUGGGUGUACCCACGAUUAAACCAUCUGAGAUGAGGUCGGCGGCGUCGUCUCGUCAUUGGAACAUAAUUCGAACUCGCAUCACGCCAACUCGGUUACCGCCAUCGUUGUCCACCUUCGCGAUUCAUCAUGACAUCUGCAGCUCUUGGAUUUUUCGAUAACAUCUUUAUCCGCACAUCUCGAAAGUGAUUUUCUCUUUUACCACAUCGUUUCGUUACAAUUGAAAGAGGAUCACAAAUGAGCGACAAAUGCUCGCGACCAAUCGAGUCAAAGUGAUAUCGAAAUUCCUUGUUAUCGUCAAAGUUGGAAUUGCUACAUUCUAAAUUUUUGGGAGUGAAAUGUCACUCCUAGCGAUCAUGAAAGUUUCGCCAGUCCGGCAGGAGCGAAUAUUCACUUUAAAAAGGGAGUGAAGCAAUCGUUCUUGGAGCAAAUUUUUCAUUCUUAAGGAGUGAAAAAU